GUUCUAAUUCAAGGUACAGUAACAGUAACAAGAGCCCAGCCAAUCUCAAUCGAAGGUGUCGGAAACAAAAAGAAUUGGCUGCACGCCUUCACCCGCCGCUGUUGGCCUUAUCUACCAAUCUGCUUGGAGCGGGGCCCCGAUUCGCCCCCGGAAAAAGGUGGUGCCCAUCGCCGGAAAGGCCAGCGAAGCCCCAAAAAAAGUUCUGGUAUAAGGACAAACGAGACGAACCUUUUCCCUUACAAAGAGGAACAUUCCAUCGCUCUCAAGCCAGCAUCUGGGCCUUUUUUGCUUGCCACUUUCCUUUUGAUUGUUCUUUUGACCAUCACUGCGUUUGCAGUCGCCGCCACAAUGGGUAUCAGUCCUCAGAUCACCAACCUCAUGAUCAUCCUUGGUAUGAUGCAAGUCACCAAGAAGAUCCCCUUCGAAGACGAGAACGUGCUCAACCUCGUCCGCGCCAUCUACAUUGGCAGCAACGUCAUCAUCGCCGCUCUCUAUUUUUACAUCCAGUUCCAAAUCAACAAGAAGAAGGACAUGACCACCCUCAAGUACGUUGAGCCCGCGCCCAUGGGCUCUUCCGAGGAAGGCAAGCUCGUCACCACCACGAUCCACGCCUACGACUCCAACCAGCUCCGCCAGCUCUGGCGCGGCCAGCUGAUGGGUAUCGCUAUGAUGUCCUUCAUGCACCUCUACAUGAAGUACACCAACCCCCUGGUCAUCCAAAGCAUCAUCCCCCUCAAGGGCGUCUUCGAGGGCAACCUCGCCAAGAUCCACAUCUUUGGCCAGCCCGCCUCUGGCGAUCUCAAGCGACCUUUCAAGGCUGCCCAGGGCUUCAUGAGCGCCAUGCAGGGUGCCAACGGCACUGUCCAGAGCGACAAGAAGGCUGUCGAGGCUGCCGAGAAGGCCGGCCGCGGCGGUGCCAAGGAGGAGUAAAAGGAUUCUACAGAAUAGAUGUAUCAUAUAUGAGCAGGCAAAAAAGGCUCUACUGGGCGCGGGUUCGGAUUCGAUAAUGUGUACUACCUUUGUUUUGGCAUAUAUAUUAUCUGGCGCUUUGAUCUUUAAUCAUACUGGUCCGUAAUGAUUAAUCUCUGACAUCUCA